GAGCCAGGCUGAGCUGGCACUCACCCACGACCCCCCUUCCCUGCUAUGAUGGCCAGACAGUAGCAGGUUCCAGACCCCCAGGGGGCAUGCAGACAGAGCUGGUGGCAGCCAGGUGCGCAGAGCCACAAGAGCUCUAGGGCACUCUGGGGCAGUUCUGCCUGCUGCGCUCUCUGGUACCAGGGGAAUGUCCAACAGCAGGGCGAGCUGGUGAGGACAAGGACGUUCUCUUUUGGCCAGAGUCCACUGCAUCCAUGGCGCUGCUGUCCAGUCUGGUGCCCCUGUGCUGCUUGGCACUUCUGGCGCUGCCAACCCAGAGCUGCGGGCCGGGCCGGGGGCCGGUUGGCCGGCGCCGCUACGUGCGCAAGCAGCUUGUGCCGCUGCUCUACAAGCAAUUUGUGCCCAGCGUGCCAGAAAGGACCCUGGGCGCCAGUGGGCCGGCGGAGGGGAUGGUUGCAAGGGGUUCAGAGCGCUUCCGGGACCUAGUGCCCAACUACAAUCCCGACAUCAUCUUCAAGGAUGAGGAGAACAGUGGCGCAGACCGCCUGAUGACUGAGCGUUGUAAAGAGCGGGUGAACGCUCUGGCCAUUGCUGUGAUGAACAUGUGGCCCGGAGUGCGCCUGCGGGUGACCGAGGGCUGGGAUGAGGACGGCCACCAUGCUCAGGACUCACUUCACUACGAAGGCCGUGCCUUGGACAUCACCACGUCUGACCGCGACCGCAAUAAGUAUGGGUUGCUGGCGCGCCUGGCAGUGGAAGCCGGCUUCGACUGGGUCUACUACGAGUCCCGCAACCACGUCCACGUGUCGGUCAAAGCCGAUAACUCACUGGCGGUCAGAGCGGGCGGCUGCUUUCCGGGAAAUGCCACCGUGCGCCUUCGAAGUGGAGAGCGGAAGGGGCUGCGGGAACUGCAUCGCGGGGACUGGGUGCUGGCGGCAGACUCGGCAGGCCGGGUGGUGCCGACGCCGGUGCUGCUUUUCCUGGACCGGGACUUGCAGCGCAGGGCCUCCUUCGUGGCUGUGGAGACUGAGCGCCCCCCGCGCAAACUGUUGCUCACACCCUGGCACCUAGUAUUCGCUGCUCGAGGGCCAGCGCCAGCGCCAGGCGACUUUGCACCAGUGUUCGCGCGGCGGCUGCGUGCGGGGGACUCGGUGCUGGCGCCGGGAGGGGACGCGCUACGGCCAGCACGCGUGGCCCGUGUGGCUCGAGAGGAAGCUGUGGGCGUGUUCGCGCCUCUCACAGCGCAUGGGACUCUGCUGGUGAAUGACGUCCUGGCCUCCUGCUACGCGGUUCUGGAGAGUCACCAGUGGGCGCACCGCGCCUUUGCUCCUUUGCGCCUGCUGCACGCGCUGGGGGCGCUGCUUCCCGGAGGGGCUGUCCAGCCGACAGGCAUGCAUUGGUACUCUCGGUUCCUCUAUCGGUUGGCGGAGGAGCUGCUGGGCUGA